UUGAUUUCAGCCUGUACAGCUCUCGUGAGUUUCACUGAUGUUUGUCUGCCUAAUUACGAGUCGAUCACGACACGUUCCUUUGUGUCGCACGCGAUUCCUUCUGUUAGCGAACCCCGAAUGGCAGGAUAGGUGACACAUAUCCGGGGCAUAUAAGGACAGACUUAUGUAACCGCUAUCAAAAUGUUAAGUGCUUAUGUACAAAACAAUACGCGCCGCGCGAAUUAGUCGGUCCGUAAUAGGGUAUAAUGCACUGGCCUUCGCGCAUUGUGAGAGUAUGGCCCUGGCGUUUGCUCGUAAACCCGAUGCCAAUUCCUCUACGUCGGACAAAUUAAUGAUCAAUAUAACAGAUCCGCACGAAGAAGAAAACACGGGGCUUUAUCUUGGUCUUUUCGUUGUGGAACUGACUAUUUGCCUUGUGGGUGCAUUCGGGAAUACGUUAACAUGUCUGGCAGUGCUGGGAAACAAGAAGCUUCACGUAGCAACUAAUUUCUACGUGCUGUCUUUGGCGAUUGCCGAUUUGCUGGUGACGGGAUUUCUUGUGCCCGUUCGUGCGGCGGAGCACUUGGCGACCUAUCAAGGAACGACUAAACCCAGGCAAAACGUCAUGGAAGCUGCCAUUUUUGUAGGAAGAGCUACCAUUCUCGCCUCAUUCGCUAACCUUGCCGCACUAAGUAUAGAUCGCUUCUUGGCUUUGAAGUUCCCUAUACAGUAUCGCACUCGUAUUCGAUAUUCAACGCGCAUUACUUUAUCGGUUAUUGUCACCAUAUGGGUCGUUUCUAUAUUCCUGACCUCUAUUCCUGAGUAUAGCGGUGUAAGCGCCCAACACGGUCUUAUCAUUUUUGUCAACUUUGUCAUUAUUAUGACGGUGAUCAUAUGUGUUGCUAACUGGCAAGUGUUUAGGCUUGUAAAGCAGUUGUCUGUCAGGUUACGAUGGUACAAGCUUAACAAAGGUUCCGCGGUGGACGCCCUGUGUCACUCUCUUCAUAAAACGAACACAGAUACGGACCUGGAAGACGCAAGCGAAACUUAUGCUGAUCAAGAGAACAAGGGAGCUGGCUCGAAUAUAUCCGGGUUUAAAAAGAGUCUCAUGUGGUUCAAAAAGAAAGGAAGAAUACUAAAUAACAAAAGAGAUAAGGAAGCAAACUUAGAAGAGAUUGGGUAUCACUUAACCAAAACUAGCGGUAGCUCUAAGGAUAAAAGCGAAAGUCUAGAAGACACUCAAUUAUGGAACGGUAAUACUCUUGCAAUAGAAAGCCAGUUUAAUCCAAAUUCUGCCGCUAGCGAUCUCUCCUUAAGCCAGUCACGAAUCUGUGGAGAGAGUAAAAUGUUGACAAGUAGGAAACAAUACAUUCGUCAUGUAACCAAACAUCAAACUAUCCAUGGCAGUAUCAUAGACUUGAGCUCAUAUUCUUUGCAGGGUUGGUCUGGAUUAUCGACUACGGAUGGCGACCAUACCAUUGCUCGCAAUGCAGUACAGAAUGCUUAUCAUGGAAAUGCUAGGAACUCCUUGCCAUGUAGAUGGCCCGAGGCCAUUUACUCCAUGUCUUGUUCAAGUAGGCUGCCCGUUGGUCAUUGCAACACGACACAGCAAGACGAAAAAAAUUCGUGUCGAGCAAAAACGCAAGCAUCGCAAAACAAUUUGCAACUAGAACUAUCAGCCGAUAAAGGUCACACUGAUUUGCGGGACCUUGAGGAUCAUCCAAAUUUAGCCUGCGAUAAAGACGGCGAAGACAUAACAACUGGAAGUGAGCUUCAGCGUUUUGAUGAAAGAUGUUACCUAAAUACAGGGAACGAGGACAAGCUUAUGCGUAAAGGAGCUGUGCGUAGAAAGAUGGGUGUGUGUGUAAUUCGGACAGAGGUUGGGAACUAUCAAAUUCUGCCAGCAACAAAAAACGAAUCUUCGAUGAUAUCAGGGUCACCCCUUAUCUCUGUCACAAAUUGCGAGUCGAGUGCGCAAGAGUAUGCCGACGUGAGAAAAGAUGCAAAGGCCAGUGAGGCUACGCUGGAUGGUAAUACAACAGUUCAAACCACAGAUCAUUCAGCGCUGUCUGUAGAGGGUGCAGCAUCGAGGAAAGGCACCAAGUGCUCGGCAUCCUCGAUGUCUUCCUUUCAUAGCACUCGCCUCUCACAAAGUAAUUCUAUCGUGAUGGACCCACCACUGAAUCACCGACUUGCGCGUAAGAUCAAGUACGCGCGCACCAACUUAAACAGGAAGUACACUUCUAGUUUUACUCGUCAUCGCUUCCGGCGCAAAAAGUCCCCAGGGCUCCCCACAGCGGAGCAGCUGUCGGACCGACUAGUAGCGAAGACACUUGCGCUGGUCAUUGGGCUUUUCGUGUUGCUAGUGUGGCCGCGUAUUUGCUUGAUUAUGUUCCAUAUAUGGCAUAAGCAGACACCUGCGAGCAUAAAGGCCAAACUAUGUCUAAAAGUGCUGGUCUACACUAACUCGAUUCUAAACCCUGGGCUGUAUGCGUGGAGGUUACAAGAAUUUCGAGCGGAGUUCAAAAAGAUCUUUGCAAGAUGUUUCGGACUUUUUAAAUGUUGGAAACGGAAUAGAAAGCAUUUACUUUAUGGUGAUUACGUUUAGAAAGUAUUCAGCUAGCUAGUCAGAAAUGUAAGAAAUCUUCGUGAUAGAGAAAGCUGGCUCGCAUACCACGAUUACAGAUAUUUGAGAACGCUUUUAAGGGUUCUUUUGGAGAAGGGUGGUCAAUCGGACGCCAAAUCCGGUCUGUGUUUUCCGGUGAAAACACAGACCGGAUAGUAGCAUAAUAAAUGUACAAAAUAAUAUUGAUUACAUACACGAGGCACAUAAUAAAGCUCGUUACUUCAAAAA